AUGGACCGCUGUUCUAUAAUUCUGCUUGUACUAUUAUUAUACUCCACCGAUGCCUACAAGUUCCUAGUUUACUCGCCUAUCUUUGCCUAUUCACACACAAAUUUUAUGGGCGCUAUAGCGGAUACACUUACAGAAGCUGGCCAUGACGUGACCGUCCUGAUGCCGGUAUUAGACAAGGAGCUAGAGCAUUUUACUGGAUUGAAGCUGACAACGAAAAUCAUCAAAACACCAACAGAUCCAAGAGUGGAGGAGAGAAUGAAAUACAAGUCAGUCAUGUUUGCCAACAUGUGGACAAUGCAGUCUAGCAUUUUCAGACUCAUGCAGGUGAGAGAAACGAAUAUCGUGCACAAAUCAAAGGAACGUGAAUUCUUCCCGUUUCUUUAA